GGUUACAGUUUUUACUGUUAGAGGCUGAAGAAGUAACAUUUUACUGAAAGUAGUGCAAAACUUGGUGUGCCUGGGGUAAUCAAGAUCACUUGAAAUUGUUUUUUAUAUGAAUAAUCAGGAAAAUGCACACUCAAGACUUACUUAAUUAAAGUUCUGGUGUUUAGCCAUGGAAAGCCCACAGAUAAACUUCCCUCUGGGUCUAGUUUCAGACCAAAAAAGGAGUGGGAUCCAAGAGGAUGGGAAUCCUCCAUUAAAAAAAGCAAUGACGGAAAUGCAUGUAAAUAGCAAAGUACGCGUUGUAAUAAAUAAAUUGCCAACAAUAAAGAAGGAAAACUUGGACGAAUAUGACGAAACUCCUGUGGAGGCUGAUGGGGAAAAUGCCAAGCCAAACAGUACUUCACUAUCUGAGCCUUUGAAUUUAAAUCCAGGUUUGAAACACACGUUGGCACAGUUCCACUUAAGCAGCCAGAGUUCACUAGGUGGACCGGCAGCUUUUUCAGCUCGUUAUUCCCAGGAAAGUAUGUCACCCACUGUCUUCUUGCCUCUUCCGUCGCCACAAAUACUUUCUGGUCCGCUGCUCAUUCCUCCAGACAGCUCCACAGAACUCACACAGACUCUACUGGAGGGGGAAUCUAUCUCUUGUUUUAAAGUUGGAGGAGAAAAAAGACUCUGCCUGCCUCAAGUGUUGAAUUCGGUUCUCCGAGACUUUUCACUGCAACAGAUCAAUACGGUGUGUGAUGAACUAUAUAUAUACUGCUCAAGGUGCACUUCUGACCAGCUUCAUAUUCUGAAGGUUUUGGGAAUUCUUCCAUUUAAUGCUCCGUCCUGUGGGCUAAUUACGCUGACUGAUGCUCAGAGACUAUGCAAUGCUUUACUACGUCCUCGCACUUUUCCGCAGGAUGGCAGUUUUCUCCCUGGUAAGAAUACCUUAGCCCAAUUGAAAGAGACUGGCAGUGCCUUUGAAGUAGAGCAUGAAUGCCUGGGCAAGUGCCAGGGGUUGUUUGCACCUCAGUUCUACCUUGCGCCGGAUGACCCCUGUAUCCAGUGUUUGGAGUGCUACGGGAUGUUCUCGCCCCAGACGUUUGUGAUGCAUUCACACAGAUCCCCUGACAAGAGGACCUGCCACUGGGGAUUCGAAUCGGCCAAGUGGCACUGCUACCUGCAUAUUAACCAAAAAUACUUGGGAACGUCGGAGGAGCGGGAACUGAAGCAUCUCCUGGAGGAAAUGAAGGAGAAAUUUAGUGAGAAAAAUCAGAAAAGAACUCAGUCCAAAGCAGAUUCACAGCAGAGCCUGGAAUUAUCGCAGUGGUAUCCAGUUAUCAAGCAAGAAGCAGAAACUGAUCCUCAGCCACCCUCCUUUUUCCAUCCCAGUUACUACCUUUAUAUGUGUGAUAAAGUGGUUGCCCCAAAUGUAUCUCUUGCAUCACAAUAUAAGGAUAUUGCGAAAACAACAGUCAAAGCUUCAGAAGUAAUUAAAUCCUCACCUGGACAGUCAGAGAAGAAACUCAGUAGUGGAAAGCACAAAAAAGCUGCUUCCUAUCCGGAGCUUUCUCUUGAAGAACAGGAAAAAAUUGACUUGAAAACUGGUGUGGAGCAGCAUAAGCGUUUAGAUCUACCUGUGUCAACUCGUUCUACAAGAAGUGGAAAAUCUGAACGUGUUCCUUCCAAAAUCACUAGAGACUCCAGCCGUGUUGAAGUAGGUAGUGAUGUGCAAAUGUCCCCCACUCUCAUGAAGGACAUCAGUUGUGAAGAUGACAAGGGAAGGAUCAUGGAAGAAGUAAUGAAAACCUACAUCAAACAACAAGAAAAACUAAAUGCUAUUUUGCGGAGGAAACAGCAGCUUCAAAUGGAAGUGGAAAUGUUGAGCAACUCUAAAGCUAUGAAGGAACUAACUGAAGAGCAGCAGAAUUUACAAAAAGAACUUGAAUGUCUGCAGACAGAGCAUGCUCAAAGAAUGGAAGAAUUUUAUUUUGAGCAGAGAGACUUGGAGAAGAAACUGGACCAAGUGAUGAAGCAAAAGUGUAGCUGUGACUCCACUUUAGAAAAAGACAAAGAAGCUGAAUAUGCAGCACAGCUAGCAGAAUUGAGACAGAGAUUGGAUCAUGCAGAGGCAGAUAGACAAGAGCUUCAAGAUGAACUGAGACAAGAGCGAGAGGCAAGGGAAAAGUUAGAGAUGAUGAUAAAGGAAUUGAAGCUACAGAUCUUGAAAUCUUCAAAAAAUGGCAAAGGAAAAUAGAAAUUGGAAGAGGAAGCAUAACUGCGUCCUUCAAACAGGGUGCUUUGUUUUGUUUUUUAAUGACUUGUGAGCAAUUUCUGUGUGAUGAGGAAAAGUAGUCUCUACAGAUUUCUAUUUCUCAGACAGGUCCAGAUGAAGAUAUACAUAUAUAUAAAUAAAUAGAGAUAGAUAGGUAUACAUUUUUAGAUUUUCCUAACCAAUGAAAAUCUGGAUUUAUUUGUACUGGUGUUUUUCUCAAACAACGAAAAAUAGGAAACUCUUGAUGUAGAGUGACCAGUUUCUGUCUAUUUCUAAUGCAGUCUUGAGGACUCCAUACCUUUUAACAUUGUCUGUUAAAAUAUAUGUGGUGAUCUUUAUUUUGCUAUCAAUUAUGCAUCCAAUUAUAAAAGUGCAUUAAAAACAUUCUGAAUUCUUCAAUGUCAAAACCAGUUUGGAUUUCAGUGAGAAUUAUGUGUUCUCAAACUGGGGAAAGUAAAGGCAGCUUUUCAUCUCUAAAGUAAUACUCAAAAUCACCACAGUGAUAGAUGAUUGAUCAUCAAAAGUGAUUUACCAGUGUGAGCAUUUCACAUAAUUGCAUUGUGUGAAGUCAAGCUGAUCUUUUCAGUAUUUUCUAUUUAACAACUUGUUAUCAAUCUAAAGAGUUUUAGAGCCAGCAUUUGCUUGCUGUGCUAGAAGAAGAAAACAUUA